AGAGAGAGGGAGAGACAGAGAGAGAGAGAGAGAGAGAGAGAGCUGUUGGCAGGUAGAGAGACCCCGAGAGAGAGAGUGGAGGAGCUCGUGCACAGUCUCGUUCACACCUGGAUGUUUUCUCGUCUGAUUCCACAGCUGUUUAUUCACGGAGAAAUAACGCAGAGGGAGACAGACAUCAACAGGGUGGGAGCUGCUGCCGACUGUCUGACGAUGAGGCGUUUUUCUCCGAGCACAGCUGGGCAACAGCAGACGGACUGACUUCCUCCUCCUCCUUUAUGACGGAUUUUUAAAGGCCAGAAUCUGAACAGCACAUGUCCACAGGGCCCACACACACACAGAGGGACGACAUGGAGUCAUGUGUGUGUGUGUGUUACGGCUUCUCUCUGAGCACAAUCCUCCGGCUCUGUUGGACAAAAGCUGAAAUAUAGCGCAAAAACAAACGUUUGGACCGAGUGACAGACAGCCCAGUCCGUGUGUGUGCAGCUGUCUGCGGACACACUGAGACAAAACCACCAAAGUUUGAGGAGGACCGGAAAGAAACCAAACAAACAAACCAAUAACGGACGUUUAUGCUCAUUAGUGAGCAUGCUUGAAUAAAAUAUGAAGGGACUCCAACUGUGGCUUUUUUUUUUUCUUUCCACGGAAUAUAAACAAAUAACUUGAGGCUUCAUUGUAUCUGCUCUGAGUGACGUGAAGGCCAAAAUGUGUCAACACAUAUUCAGCUGAGUUAUGUUUUCUGAAGCUUUUGGCUUUCUUCUUUGUGGUCACAUCAGGCUGAAAGGCAUGCUGUGUGCUGCGGCUCAGGCUAAACAGUGUAGAGUGUGCAGUGGUGAUAUCAUUUGAUGUAAAAAAAAAAAAAAAAGUAUAAGAAAAGCACAUCUUUUGAAUUUUGACAAAUUAUGCUAUCAGACUUAGCAACUGAAUAUCUAAAUUUCAACGCGGACAUGUUUCGGCCAAAGGGAAUCCAAAUGGAAUAGGUGGCUCCACCUGUAAAGAACAUACUGAAGCUGACAGUCAGAGUUAGAGUAAAUUGUAAGAUAAUAUUCUGAAUGUGUGCACAUCACAGCAUGGCAUCAUCCGGUGAGCUCGUCAUCCUGCAGCUCCAGCAUUGGAACAUAACUGUCAUCACAUAUGAUCUCUCUCAGGGCAGCUGACUGUUUUUCAGCAGGCGUUAGAAUGUGUAUUUUACUAUUUUUUAAAUGAUGACACCUCUGUUAAACCAGCUCAGUAAUUCAGUGUUAGACUUCUACUUGUCUUUUUCUUUCUUCUGCUGAUGAUUUUGGAGAACUGAAAACUACUAAUGGAUGCUCUGUCAGCAGCUAUGUUUGAAUCCAGCAAACCAACACAGACUGCCUCUGAUCUGGAUGGAUGUGUGUAAGACGAGGGAUGAGCUUCGUCUUCCUUUUUUGUGCUUCAUCGAUGGAUUCGUCUGUUAGCACGGCUCUGCGGGGCAGCAGUGUCGGCAACUACACCGCUGACACAUCGGGUCCGAGCUUCGCCGACCAGCUGGGCACCACCUCAUCUGUUGUACCCAGAAGCCCCGGGACCACUGAAUCCAUCAAGAUACCAGGCCAUCAGUGUGGAUAUCCAGAAAAGAAUGGACAACACAUGCGUGACGUCACUCACAGGGUUGUUUCCAUAGUGACCAGCCUUGUGACCACCACCACAGAGGCCACAGUGGGAACAACAGGAAACCUAUCAGUGUUCAGAGACCAAAGAGAGAGCAAGCUCGGUCAGAUCCAUCAGGCGUCGACCCCGUCGGUGCUGAGCGCUGCCGAGAGCAAUUCCGUCCUGCAGGGCAUCACAGUGGCAGCUCAGGCCCUGGUGCUCCUCUCCAUCUUCCUCCUCUCCAGCCUUGGGAACUCGGCAGUCGUCAUCGUCAUCAUCAAGCACAGGCAGCUCCGAACCGUGACCAACGCCUUCAUCAUGUCGCUGUCGCUGUCUGACUUCCUCACAGCUGUUCUCUGUCUGCCAUUCUCCUUCAUCAUGCUCUUCAGUAAGGAUGGCAUCUGGAUGUUCGGGGAUCGUUUCUGCGUGGCCAAUGGCUUUUUCAACACCUGCUUCGGUAUCAUCUCCACCCUGACCAUGACUUUGAUCUCCUUUGACAGAUACUACGCCAUAGUCAGACAGCCGCAGGCCAAAAUAGGCCGUCAGAAAGCAACAAAGUUGCUGAUAGCCGUGUGGCUAACUGCAGUCAUUUUCUCUUUGCCUUGGUAUCUGUUAGUCCGAACACCGACAGAGAUCCACAAGCAAGGUUUCUACCACUGUAUGUACGUGUUCCACUCUGGGACCUCACGCAUGGGGACAGCUUAUAGCAUCUGCCUCAUCCUCGUGUGUUACUUACUGCCCUUCUCCCUCAUGUGUUUCUGUCAUUACAACAUCUGUAAGACGGUACGGCUGUCUGAAAUUCGAGUCAGGCCGGUGACAACGUAUGCAUACUUAUUGCGGUUUUACAGUGAAAUGCGAACAGCCACUACAGUUCUGAUUAUGAUUGUUUUUAUCAUCUUUUGUUGGGGGCCAUAUUGUUUAAUGGGGUUAGUUACAGCGAUGGGGGACUACACGUUCAACCCCGCAAUGGACACGGUGGCCAUCUGGCUAGCCUGGGCAAAUGGAGCCAUCAACCCUCUGAUCUAUGCCCUGAGGAAUCCCAAUAUAUCCAUGUUACUGGGGCGGAGCAGAGAGGAGGGGUAUCGGACCAGAAAUAUCGCAGCGUACCUCUCCAGCCAAACCCACAACCGUGAGGUUCAGCUGAACCAAGCAGAGAGGAUCAGGGACCGCUAUGUGAGUCGAGUAGGGGUGAACAACAACAGCCGACUGUCGAGUUCUAGUCCUGGAAAAGGAGGAGGGGGAGGAGAGGUGGCAAUGUGGGCCUGUAAGAACCCUGCCGUGUUCUUUUGCAGGGACGCCCAGCCGGACACCGCAACAGUCCCCAACUCUGUCAGUGCUCCAAAGAUGAAGACAGCUGACACGAGCCUGUGACCAAUCCUCAACCAUCCAAUGAUUGUUUUCAUCUGAUGUGUAUCUGUUGUUGUGGACUGCUUUCCAUCACUUUGUGACUUUUUUGGAAAUACCUUAUAGUAUUUGUGUGUUUUCAGGUCACAGACUCAAAUGUUUCUGAUUCAAAGCAUCACUGGAUUUUGUUCUAGGAAUAAAAAGAUUAAUUUGAAUUGUUAAUAUAGUGUUACUACUAUUAAACUGUACAUGUGCGAAGGCAAAUAUGACUACAGUGAAAACUAAAAUGUGAAAAGUGAAAAUUAAAAUAAAAUUCCUUUCUGGUUUUGGAGCGCACCACAAAGUCCUCAAGGAUCCACAGGACAACCCUGAAGGAUUUCUUGAAUCCCAUUAACAUGCAAAGAAGUGCAAAACUUGCAUUACCUUGUAUUACAGGGGUCUUCAUGUUAGAUAUCAUUUCAUGUAUAAAUGCAGAAUGUGGAUAUGAGAAACUGAUUUUGUAUCAGCUUUUCAUUCAUCCAAACCCCCACACACUGUCUCAGACAGCUGAUUUGUUGAGUUACAAUUUAUUUUAGUGACAUAUCAUCUCAGAAUCACCUUUUAUGCAGCAGUUUAUACUCGGGCAGAGCAGGGUUAUAAUUAAGUGAAUGGUUCAACACAGAUAGCAGCAUAUGAUAGUUUGCGUUCCCACCAACACCAAAGGUCACUAUUGUCCAGCCAAUCAGUCAACAGUGCAAAUAUGUGUGCCAGAAUUCAUGUCGGUUGAUUUGUCUGGAUGAUCUUCACAUUCCUGUGUGACUAAUUGUGGAGAUUUCAUUGAAAUGUAUUGAUUUAGCUCCUGAUUUGUGAUGUUUUUAAUGUUGAUGUGUUCAGGCCAAGUAAGGAGGUGGUGGUCUGUGAGUCAAUGUUGGUUUCUUGAAACUGUAACCUCAAUCAUUUUUCACCAACCAUAACAGAGGUUGAAGAUCAAAGACUGUGUCAUGGGUCUUUUUGGAAGGCACUGACAAUUACGAAGGUAUGAAAGCUGUGUUUUCAUUGUUGUUGUUUUUUGUUACAUCCUCACCUUUCAAACAUUUGACAUUUGCUGCAGCAAUUUUUACAUCCAGCCAUAGUAUGAUCAUGUUAAUAAAGAAAUCAGGCAA